CGCGUUAUAUUCCGCUCCUCAGUGAGUUGUCGCCAAGAAAAAAAUCCUCAAAACUGAAGUCCAUAUCAGUACUAUUUGCGGGUUUUCUUCAUUUGGAACAUAAAUCAUACAUGGACGAGUGAAUGAGUGCGGAUAUCUGGGAGUGAGAUUGUGUGUGGUGUUGAGGGACUCCGUGAUACCCUCGUCACAUGGUGACUUCAGUUGCAUUCGGGAGGCGAGAGUUGGAAGAUCGCGAUCGGUGAUCCUAAAAUAGUGCACAGAAGAUCUCUUUCGUAAGAGGUUGACACGCAUCAUUUGCUCAUACAAUUUGACUUUUCGCUAUACUAUUCCAACAUUAUCUUUUUUUAUUCUAUACACAUACACUUUUCCUCGCUCCCAUGUGCUCAUUUAGGAGAAAAUCUUACCGAAAGUGAAUUUCUUCUGCCACCUCUGGGUGGUCCUUAGUGGGAUUCGUACUGUGAACGCAUUACUAUAGUGCUAUAUAGGCGAGCAGUGUGAACGUGAAAAUUGCGUGCAAUGAAGCUGUGGAAGUCCAAAAAGAGUUCGAGCUGUGUUCCAGGAAAAUCCUCAUCAACGAAGCAUGACGAUAAAGUGGAUUCCAGUAUUUCAGCUACAAGCGAUCGUGCCAUGAGUCCAGCUCAGAGUGAAGAUAGCGGUUUGGCGGCUGAUCGUGGCACAACGUACGCCACGAUAUCCUUACCACGGGAAAAUGCUCAGGCUAUGGGGAUUCUCUUCCUGGAUCGAGUCGACCUGACGUAUCCACCAGUUAUUGCAACACUCAAUGCUCUGGGACCUGCAGCAGACUUUCUGGCACCUGGUGAUCGGUUACACCAAAUUGAUGGGAUCUCCACGAUUGGACUCACCAAUGAGCACGUUAUGAGUAUUCUCUAUCAUGGCAAUGGACCUGCUGUAGUGGAAAUUGAGUACUCCCUUCCAGAAUACCUGUCUCAGAACAGUCUGUGCGUGACAACGAAACUUGCUCAAAUCACGGUCGAAAGGGAGAAUGGGUGUCUGGGACUAACAUUCCGCGGUGGUGGAGACUUUCCCUUGAUCGUGACAAAUAUACGACCACAUGGUCCUGUCUACAAAUGCGGCAGAAUAAAGCCUGGUGAUCGCCUCUUGCGUGUUGACAAUGUCUCUCUUAUAAAUAAGACACUAUCGGAAGCACAGCAGAUUCUCAAGUGUGGCCACUUAUCCGGGCUCACGAACCUGACCAUUGAGUACGAUGUUUCGGUUAUGCAGAGUGUGGAAUUCUCAAUGGGACCCCUUCUUAUUGAGAUUGAGAGGUCGCCUGGAGACAAAUUGGGUUUGGUAUUGAGCAAUGCCAGCCCGAAUGUCUAUCAUCAGCCCCUUGAUGUGACCAAUGGAAAGAUGGAUGAGAUCUCACAAGCGGGUGUCUUUAUUGCCAACAUUAUUCCGGCCACGCUUGCCGACCGUACCGGUGCACUCUCCAUUGGGGAUAAGAUACAGAGUGUUGAUGAUACCCUUGUGGAAAGUAAUUCUCUCACACCCGAAGAUGUUAUGCAACUUUUAGACACCAACACAAAUCGUGGUUUCACGCAAAUACAAAUUCUCCCAGCUCAUGCAAUCGCCAGGCUUCGAGGUCUACAUGCACAAAAUGGGACAACUGCCAAGUAUGGCUUCAAUACGAUGGAAUCACGGAAGAUGCGACAAAAGAAAUUCAUGCGAAAAAGUUCAUUGCCCCUCCUUGAGAGUUCUGGAAGUGGUUUGAUGUCAGCAAGUGUUGGACUAUGUCGUUCGGAAACAGUUCAGGUGGUUUUAGAUUGCUCCCAAGGAUCAGGAAUUUGUCUGGGAGCACCUUCGUCAUGUGGUCGGGGGCAUAUAAUUGCACAGGUGAUCCCUGAAUCGGUAGCCGAUCGAUCGGGAUGCAUUCAGAAGGGUGAUCGUCUCUUGGCAGUGAAUAAACUCUAUAACCUCGAUGCAGGCACUGUGCGACAGAUUUUGGGAGAUAUUGGCUACAAGAAUGUCCAUCAGCAAGGAUCACCCAAUUGGGUUGAGGUGGAAAUUGAAUUCGAUAUGUCGGAUUCUGUUAUUCCAUCCAGUGGGGUGUUCAAUGUUAAACUCCCAAAAUACCAGGAACGCAGUGAGUUGGGGAUUACCGUGAAUGCUACAAAUAGUGGUGCAUUCAUUAUAACCGACGUUAAACCCGGAAGUGCAGCACAUCGAACGGGGUCCCUUAGAGCGGGUGAUAUUCUCCUCGCGGUGGAUUCUCAGCCAUUGCAACACUACAAUGUCGAUGCUUUGCUAAAGGACAAUAAAAAUGAAUUCACAACGCUUACCAUUAAGAGGACAUGUCUUCCGGAUUUUCUCUUUGAUGCACAGUAUCGAAAUAAUUUUAUGUACAGCAGUACAGAGACACGCAUUGCGGACAAUAAUUCACCUUCCUCGUAUGGCUAUAGUGGAACAACGAAACGAAUUGAUAGUGGUAGAGGUGAAGUUACAAGACCCAAUCCUGGAAAUCAAUCAGAUUUCUAUCAAAUGGAAGAGAAUCUCAUGGGAAAUGGAAUGAUGACGAUUCGUCGACCACCACCCUUUUCAAAUUCUCUAAGCAACAUGGAACUAACUCAAAUGGGCAACACAUCAACCCUCAAGACAGACAAUAAUCCUUCAGACAUUGCUGAGGAUACAUUCAUGGAAAUGGAGGGCUAUCCUGAGUAUUUCCAAACUUACUACAACUUGGACUUACCAAUGCCCAUGACUUCGUAUAGCAAUCCUACCCACCAAAUUGUCAGCACAGUUAGAUUGGAGACAAAUGGAGGUCCACUCGGUAUUACAUUAGCAGGCAGUGAAAAUCUUCAGAAACCCAUUGUAAUCAGUGCCUUUGUCGAAGGAGGAGUUGCUCACCUUUCUCGAAAACUCUGCAUUGGGGAUGAAAUCCUUGCAAUUAAUGGUGAAAGUAUCCAAGGCGUACCAUUGAGUACUGCAACGAAACUUCUGCAGCGCUUUGAGAAUGUAGUCGAUCUUAAGAUUACGAGAAAUCGCACCGAAAGUAGUGAGAAUGCUGGUUCAUCCCUGCCACAACCACAGGCAAUUUACAGUAAAAUCCAACGUCGACCAAGGAGUCCAUCGGUAACAGAUGCCCUUUCGACAUCUUCGAGCGCAGAAGGACGCUUCAAGACAAUUCAUAUCACCCUCUAUAAAGAUAAAGUCUACGAUGACUACGGAUUCUCUCUAUCUGAUGGACUAUACGAACGUGGUGUGUAUAUAAAUCGGAUAAGAAGCGGAGGUCCUGCUGAUGCUGUUGGAUUACUCAAAUCUUUCGAUCGUAUUAUGAUGGUAAACGGAACGAAAACACAGGACUUUGACUGCUGCCUCACAGUGCCAUUGAUUGCAGCCAGUGGAGACAAGAUUGAUCUUAUUGUGCAGAGACCAAUUUCCGACUAAUACCGCAAAAAACCAAUCCAUUUCUUCUUUUAAAUAAAAUGGAAUUCCAUUUCGUACACCAAUUUUGCUGGAGAAUCAAGGCAAAAAAAUCCGAAAUUUAUAGUAACUUAAUACAUAGUGUUGCAAUCUCCAAAAUAAUAUUUUUAAAGUUUUAAUCAAAUAUACUCUGUAUGCCAAUCAUCACA